GUGAUUUUUUAUUUUUUUAAGGCUGAUUAGUUCGGUUCAUCCAGCGGAGAACAAAGGCUCGGUUUCGGUUGCAUGUGUUAGGUUGUGUCCCGGGGAUCCAGACCGGUUGAACCAGUUUUUCCUCUCCAGGUUGGGGAGCCGUUGGAAGAAGCCACCGCUUUUCGGAUUGCUAAGUCCCAGACACGUCGGUAAUAAAAGAGGAAUUGAAAGAAAAUUUAAACACAGAGGUGUUCGUGGGGUUUUUAAUGCCCUUUUGGUUCUGAGUAAUCCCGCGGCGUGGGGGAACCACAGCACGGAGGCGGUACAUCACUGACGACAGCGCGGAGAUUUCUGCCCCUCGAAAGGCCUCAAAAAACGGGCUGAGAACCAACCGACUCGCCGGAGCUGCUGUUGGCCCGUUUGGAAGGAAAAACAUCGGCCAGAAAGAAGCCGACCUCAGGGCCAAUAUCCACUUUUUCGUGCCUGCUCAAGUCCCGGGUGUUUUAUCCACGCAUUACGGCGGUAUAACAGGGGGAGGACCGUGAUUUGCUUCGCCCAGCUGCCAUGAGAGAAGCCCGGAGCUCUGUGGAAGAAUGUGCCGCCUCCUCCCGGUGUUAGCUCCUCCGCGGCUCCAUGUAAGGCUCCAAGCCUGGGGCCACCAGUAACAACAUGCUCCUGGCCUCCGCUGUGGUGGUGUGGGAAUGGCUCAACGAGCACGGCCGGUGGCGGCCCUACAGCCCCGCGGUCUCCCACCAGAUCGAGGCGGCCAUCCGGAGCAGCGACCCCCGCGGAGGGAGCGUGGUCCUCGGCCAGGUCGACAGCAGGCUCUCGCCGUACAUCAUCGACCUCCAGUCCAUGCACCAGUUCAGACAAGACACAGGAACCAUCCGUCCGGUCCGGAGGACCUUCUACGACCCGGUCUCCGCCCCGGGUCAGGGCUGGCAGUGGGAGUGGGAGAACGAUGCGGGAACAUGGACGCCAUACGACAUGGAGGUGGCUAUCGCCAUCGAGAGCGCCCACAGCCGCCAGCAGACCUGCCUGGACCUGACGCCGCUCGGCUUCUGCUACCUCAUCGACUUUAAGAACAUGACGCAGGUCGGCAUACAGGAAGUGUUGCUAGGAUACAGAACGCAGGUGAACCGGCAGAGCCAGCGGUGCCGGCGGAUCCAGCGGCGCGCCGACCUGGCCUACCCGCUGGUGUCCGGCCCAUUGCCCGUCCCCAAAGGAGGCGCAGUGGGAGGAGGGGGGGGCCUGACGGGGGCCCUGCUGGGCGUCGGGGUGUCAGGGGCCAGCAUGGGGGUGGGAGGCCCCGUCACCUCUAACGGCGGCCUGCCGGUUCUGGGUCUGGGCCAGCCGUGUUCCUGCCAGCAGUGCAUGCUGGUCCUGAGCGUGAAGAGCGGUGCAGGAGGCGCUGGAGGACCAGGAGGCGGCGCAGCGGCCAUCCAGACUCUGAACAGGCGCGCUCUGACCAUGCAGCGCCCCAAGAACUCCGCCCCCACCGCGGCGCGCCCCCUCAGCCCGUCUAAGUCGGCCACCCUGGGGCGGGGCCUGCAGCAGAGCCCCGCCUACUACCAGACGCUGCCGCAUGGCCUGGCCAUCACCAAGAACACGGCAUCGCCACGGAGGAACGCCCAGCUGUUCGCCCAGUCGCUUGCCGCCCUCACCGCCGGCACCUCCUCCAUGGCUCUCUCAGCGUCUUCCAGCAGGCCGCCGCCGCCAGCGCUGCCGCCGCCGCAGCCGCCCACCUCCAACCAGAACCCGCCCUCCAUUCCACCCAAGCUCUCCUCUUCCUCAGCCACAGAACCGGUGCCGACUGCCACGCUGAUCACCCCCGCCAACGCCGUCACCACGCCCCCCUCCCCGGUGCCGUCUCCGUCGCCCGUGGUGAUGAAGCCGCAACGCACGCCAUCGUCGACGUCGGCGUGCCACGCCCCCUUACCGCAGCGGUCCAACUUGGCCGGGCUGAGCAGGCCGGCGCUGCAGAGGAUCGCCAUGGCGCAGUCCAGAGCACUCAUCGCCUCAGGCGUUCCCACCGUCCCGGUGAAGAACCUGAACGGGUCCAGCCCGGUCCACCCCGCGCUGGCCGGGAUCACCGGGAUCCUGAUGAGCGCCGCGGCGCUGCCCGUGUGCCUGACCCGGCCGCCCAAGCUGGUGCUGCAUCCACCACCCGUCAGCAAGAGCGACAUCAAGCCGGUACCGGGCUUCAACCACUCCUGCAGGAAGACCACCAAGAAGCAGGUCCGCAAAGGUAAAACUCCAGAGGAGGUUGUGAAGAAAUACCUGCAGAAAGUCAAAAGUCCUCCAGAGGAGGACUGCACCAUCUGCAUGGAGCCACUUGGGGGCCCGUCCGGGUACAAGGGUCCGGGCGUCGGACCCGUCUCCAAGGCAGAGUCGGUGGGUCGCCUCACCCAGUGCGGACACCAGUACCACUUCCAGUGUCUGGUGGCGAUGUACAACAACGGGAACAAGGACGGCAGCCUCCAGUGUCCCACCUGUAAGACCAUCUACGGCGUGAAGACUGGCAACCAGCCAGCCGGGAAGAUGGAGUACCACGUCAUCCCCCACUCCUUACCGGGUCACCCCGACUGCAAGAGCGUCCGCAUCAUCUACAACAUACCGCCAGGGAUUCAGGGACCAGAGCACCCCAACCCGGGGAAGCCCUUCACUGCCAGAGGCUUCCCGCGACACUGCUACCUCCCAGACAGCGAGAAGGGGCGCAAGGUUCUGAGGCUGCUGCUGGUAGCGUGGGACCGCCGGCUCAUCUUCUCCGUCGGAACGUCCAGCACCACGGGAGAAUCCGACACCGUCAUCUGGAACGAGGUCCACCACAAGACAGAGUUCGGGUCCAACCUGACGGGCCACGGAUUCCCCGACCCGGGUCACCUGGACAACGUGUUAGAGGAGCUCCGAGCUCAGGGCAUCACAGAGGAAGAUGCACUGGUAGAGAAGUGAGGAAGAGGAGGAAGACUCUCUGCCAGCACUUAGGAGGAGAUGAGGAGGACAGCGACCGAGUUGUUCAGACUAUAACGCUGGCUUAGCCUUUCAAUGCAAGUUUCUCCAAAUUUUUUAAACCAGCGCAUCAAACGAGUAGUUGAGGGGAGGAAGAGGAGGAGGAAGACGAAGCUUGUGGGUCUAGGUACUAAACAAGAGUGAGAAUGAAUGGUACUAACAUCUAGAACAGGAACAAGUUAACUUUACUGAAUGAACGAAUAAAAAAGUUGGUAAAAAGCAGCAAAAACUGGAAGGAAGAAGAUGGAGGAAGAAGAGGAGAGAGGGAGGAAGAGGAGGGAAGGUUGAGGAGGAAGAGAGAGAAGGUGUAUGAAUGUAGUUAGGUAGCAGUAGAGUGAAAUAACUUGUGUGGUACGUUCAGGUGCUAGAGGGACCAACAGACGGGCUGGCUUUGUUUAAGCUGUGGUGAGGUGGCGCCCUCUGGUGGGCGGCUGGAGCAAAGCGGUCCUCACCGUUUCCUCACCACUUCAUUCUUCACUGACUCAUCCUGCAGCGCCAUGUUCAUGAUUGUUCUGUGAAGAUCCGGAAGAACCGAGCCUCCGGGUCGCAACUACGUUUAUGUUUUUAUUGUUCUUCGUCACAUCAGUCGGUACGACGCUCGCUGUUUUGUCCUGACUGUCACUGAAUGCUUCGUCCUGUUGAGGUGAACCUGGCGUUGCGUUCACAGCCAGGUUAGGAGGGUCCAAAUGGUUCUGUUAGCAUUCAAUGUCAGAACUUCACUCGUGUCAUGUUUGAUUGUUUACUACAGAAAUUUAAAGUAUAUUUUCAUCCACUAGCUGCUUUUCUCCAUUACAAAAAGUAAACUAAAGAUGUUCCGACAUUUUUCUAUAAAUUCUGACCUUAUUUGGCAACUGAACAAGUGUGAAGCUUUUAAUUGUAUCUUGGUGAGGAUAAAAUAUUUACCUGUUCAUCAGAUCAAAAAAGGUACGAUAGAAAUUCAGACUCUUUGUAUCAACAGAUAGUGUGCUGCUUCUGAUUGGCUGCCAUGUUUUAAGCUCGACCAAUGAGAACACUUGUAGAUGCACUUUUUAUCCCAGCUGUUGGAACCUGUGAGGUUCUGUUAGUGACCGGGUCAGAAGAAUCCCGGGUUAUAUUUGGGUAUCAUCAUCUUCAUCUUCUGCCUGAUGCUGGUUGUCCUAAUGAUGGUACUCCCUCCACUCUUAACGUCUUUAUUACAUUGUUUAGCUGCAUAUUUGCUUUUAGUAGCAUUUUAUUGACACUAUUAUAGAAUAAAUUGCCUUUUUUCUUAUUUUGUACAUUUAUCUUGUAUUAAUUAUCCUGUUUUUUAUGUUACCUUUUGUUUACGAAGACAGUAUUAUUAAAUACGUCGUCUUUUGUUCUCUGUGUACAGAAAUGAAGCUGAUUUGCAUCUUUUCUUUGGAAAAGGAAUUUCAUGGUAGACUUUUAUCUGAGUGCGGCUUGUAAACACGUUUUUCUAACUGGAAGCUGCAGCUGUGUAUUCAUGCUGUCGUGACGCUGGAAGCAUUUAAACUUGGUUUUAAAAACUUUUCCAGAAUCACCUCCAUUUUGUCAUAAAUGUUUUUCCUGUUCUCUGGCUCAGACAGCGGUUUAUUUUUUUUGUUUGUCUAAACCACCAUCAUGUCUCAUCCCCACUCUGAACUCUCAUCACCAGUAAAUGUGUGGAUUACUGUCGGCCCACGGUGGCAUCGUGUAGUGGAAGGAGAGACGGGAUCAUGGGUGCUGAUUUGAAAGCAUGAAAACGUGUUAAAACAAAAACAAAAAAGUGUAAAUAUGGCAUAAAUAAUUGCUGGAGUAUGAAUGAUUAAUACAAGAAGAAAAAUAAAGAAUGAAUGAAAUUUAAA